AUGUGUAAAGAUAUGUCAGAGGCUUAUUUUAUUAUUUACUUCGAUUUUCAAUCACAACUUAUUGAUGAGAUAUCGCCAUUACAGUGUGCUCCAUGCCAUGGGGGCUCCUUGAUCUGUACUAGUAAGGGGUUUGGUUUCAUAAUGGUGAGAUAUCGGGAGCGAAAAACUAAUCGAGGUAAAACACCUGUUGAAGUGAUGAGAACAGCAGUUGAUGAAGUUCUGAAAAAGAACAGAGCUAUCAAUGCUGUUGCACGUGAAACUGGAAUUGACCGAAUGACAUUGAAGCGAUAUGUUCGGAAGAGUAGUCUCAGUCCAAGUGUAGGUUUGAUACCGAAUUGGAAUACAAGGCAGGUAUUCAAUUUAGAACAAGAAGAGAUGCUUGCAAAGUAUUUGCUGCAAGCAUCUAAGAUGAACUAUGGACUAUCCACCAAAACAACUCGCCAGUUCGCAUAUGAUAUGGCCGUUGCGAAUAAUAUAACAUGCCCAUCUUCAUGGUCAAUGAAAAAAACUGCUGAAGUGUUGAAACCAUUUCCAAAGGCUUCAGCCAGAAAAAAGCUAUUUCGGAACAGGCAACAAAAAACAAGAAUUUUAACUGACACUCCAGUUAAACAUGAAAUUUUUCUUGCAAAAGAAAAAAGUGUGAAUAAAAAAAAACGAACAUCCGAUACAGUAAAAAAAACAAAAGCCAUGUCAAGCGUUGAUUAUCUUGGAACACUAGAAAGUGAUGACAGUGAUGGUGAUGCAAGCAAUCCUCAGUUGACAGCAGAAGGCCCAAGAUCAAUGUACCCCAUGGGAGGGAUCAUGGUACCCCGUAUAUGGGGUGCUUUGAUCCUUUGUAGGGGGUUGUACCAAAGUUAA